AUGUCGGGCCCAAGCUUCCCGUGGCUCCGGAUGACGAUUGUCACUGCUGGAUUGCUAGGAUUAGGGUACGGACUCAUGCGUGCAACCGUGCCAACACCCGAGCAGACAUACCAGGCUAUGGCUCCUGAUUUACGCCGGAAGGUCGACGCAAAUCGCGCUGCGCGGUUAGCCAGAGAGAACGCGACAAAUGCGCAAGCGACUGCCCAGCUGAAUGAUCCUGAUUCAGAGACACCUGUAUGGGCCGAUGCUUCGCGAAAGUCAUGA